AUGGUUCUCGUCCUCCUGCCUCGCGAUCUUCUGCUCCGUCGCUGGACACAAUGCGACAUCAAACAUCAUUUUCAGGGCAGCAUUUCAUCAGUAAGCAAGCAAUUAGCUCCAGACUCAGCCGACAUGAACGGUUUCAAGCUCGGCACUCAAAACUUACGCACCACGGACUGCCCCAUCGACUUCACCAUCAAAUGCGCCGGCAAGGAGUUCAAAGUUCACCGCUGCCUCAUUGUAGCACAUUCAACGUGGUUUUUGCGCCAUUGCACUGGCGACGCUGCAGCUCUUGCCCGAACCUGUGUCGAGCUUGAUGAUCACCCGGAGAUGAUUGCUCGCAUGAUCAACUUCUUCUACACAUUCGACUACGACGACGCGAACACCGAACCUGGAGUGCCCAGAAGACAAUGCCUGACGAUUGGAGGUCAAAUAGUCAUGUACCGGUUGGCCGAGAAGUUCGGUGUGGCGGAUCUCAAAGCUCUAGCCCUCAAGAAGUUCAAGGCUGAGUGCGCGAACAACAUUACCGACCACGCACUCAUGAUGCAAGUCAUCGCGGCUGUCUAUCAGUCCAACACGGCACCAACGGACAUCGCACUCCGCAACAUCGUCACCUCCGCCUUUGUCUUGGGUGGACGAAACCCAACCUCAAGCGACGCUUACUGGGCAAACAUUAUGCGAAAUCUUCCUCUAUUCGCCGCGGAUCUUACGACAAGACUCUUGGCUGGUUGCAGUAACAAGCCUCUGGCUUCUCGGGGGUGGGGAUGUGAACACGUCGAGUGGACGUGGAUCGGCUUUUGGAGGGAUGUGAAAAACAUCCCUCCCAACGGAAGUUAUUGGUGCGAUAAGUGUCAGAUGGUGCGACGAAUGCAGCCAGCAACCUACCUCCUGGCGGAAGUCCCACUCGAAGAGUUCUGGAAAUAA